AUGCAGCUCGUCCUCGUCCCUCCGACCUCCCUACCCGUACCCCUCCGGCUCCAGACGCACGACGUUCCGACGCCCGUCAUCGACACGCAGCUCGACCAGCUGCGCGUCCCGCGAGGGUUCCUCGUCGCGCGCAAAGCGCUCAAGAACGUCGGUCUCGAGCAGAAGAACUACCUCGCGUUCGACUCGUCCGCCUGGUGGCAGGUCGUCGUCCGCUCCGUCGAGUGGAAUCUCGAGGACGAGGUCGUCGUCGUCACGCUCGUCGACGGGACUGAGGAGCGUUGGCAGAUCGGCGACGACGGCGGCCGCCUUCGGUCUGCAGCACUCGUCGACGGCGACGACGACACGAGCACGAGUGACGGCCAGGGCGACCCGCAAGACGGCGACGUCGAGAUGCGCGACGGCACGACCGCUCGCGACGCCUCGCCCUGGGCGCCGGCGCCCGUCCUCGAGCACUUGCGCGCCCUCUGCAUCGACCUACGCUCCGCCUACGAGGACCUCGGCAUGGUGCGCGAGUACGACAACCGGGCCCUCGAUAUCGACGCCGACGACGACUGGUCGAUGCUGCAGGACCUGUCGGCCGACCACGACAUGGACGUUCCCUUUGCCCUGAGCGACGCCCAGUCGUACUUCGAGUACGCCACGAACGGCUUCGACGAGGACGACGACUCGAGCGCGAGCCAGGGCCGCACCAGCAUGUCGAGACGGGCGCGCCGACCUUCUCAAGCAGCGUCGGUCGACGGCGACGACGAGUCGCUCAAGUUCACUGGCCAGUUCGUCCCGCAAUAUCGAGAUCGGUCGAGCAAGACGUCGCUCGCCGUCGACGAGCCGAGGCGCCAGCACGACUACCUGUCGAUGAUCCACCUCCUCGCGCGCAUUCGCGCCUACCUCGCCAACCUGUUCUCCCGAGUCGUCAUCCCCAAGCUUCGCGACGCUCUCCCUGUCACCUACACGCUGUGGGCUGGGUCGGGCGCGAUCGCCUGGUGCCGUCGUGAGGCGAUCCGGCUCGGCGGCGACGUCGCACGCCUCAUGCUCGACCUCCUCGAGGACGACGGCGACGUGUUCGACGCCGACAGCGACUCGGAACCGUCGCAGCCCGACAUCCUCGUCCUCAACGAGGACGACGAGUACUCGCUCAGCCCGUCGUUCGUCGGCAACGCCUCCUCGUCCUCGCCCGACGGCCUGAGCGGCCUCGGCGGCGUGUACGACGAGCUCGCCGAGUGGCGCGCCGAGGAGCGUCGCAUUCAGCGUCUGUCGCAGAACGUCCUCGUCAGCCUGCAGGGCGACUACGAGCUGCGGCGCUGGUGCGAGGCGGCGCUCGAGCGCGCUCGGACCUUCGCCCAGCGCGACGGACUCGUCGAGACCGCUCCGCCGAGGUGGACCGAGCCCGUGCCGUCGCAGGAGGUCAGCCACACGCUCGACGGCGACGAGGGCGACCUCAGCGAGCCGCCGUCCAAGCGCGCGUCCGAGUACCAGGUCCCGCUCGCCCUGCGCCCGAGGGCCUUGUCGUCCGCCCCUGCUUCGCCGCCGACCUCACCUCCUCCCGAGACGGCCUCGUCGGCGCGCAAGCGCGCUCGCUCGAUCGGCGAGUCGGUCGGCAGCGACGACUCGACCGAGGGCAGCAGCACCGACGAGGACGAGGACGACCUCGACUCGUUCAUGCGGUACCAGACCGAGUUCUUCUACCCCGAGGACCCGCUCGACGAGGAGUUCCUGCCGUCGAGGCUCCCGAAGGAGCUUGUGCGCGCGAGCGCGUCGCGAGGGGUCGAGAUGGAGGAGCACCGGGCGAGGGUCCACGAGCUGCUCAACAAGAUCAACGGGCUACAGCACAAGAUCGUCGAGCUGCAACACUUUGUCGCGAGCGAGGCGGCUCGGUGGGAGACGAACCUCGAGGAGGCGCGCAAGCCCAAGGAGCCGACACCUCGUAUCCCGUCCGGCCUGAGCUCGACUGGCCCCUCGGACGGCUCGCCACCGGUUCCCGCGCCCACCAAGACGCCCGUCCCGCUCAAGGCCCAGCCGCUCCGCAAGCAGGCCGGCGACCGCGCCCUCGCCCUCUCGCUCGACAGCGCCCUCGACGCGCUCCAGUCGCCGUUCCGCCCCGAGGCGCUCGGACCGGUCAAGGUCCCGACCGUGCACCUGCAGAGCGCCGCGCCGCGCCGCAAGCAGAAGUCGAACCUCGAGAUGUACGUCAAGGUCGUCGCCAUGUCGCGCAGCAUCCAGGCCGCCACGCCGCCACGGAGCCGCGUCGAGUCGAGCGGGCAGAAGAAGCGCAAGCGGCCCAAGGGCUCGAGCGCCGGCGUGCACGCGUCGCACGCGCCUGGUCGCUCGCCGACGAAGCGUCCACGGCUCAAGCUCGUCCAGCGCGAGGGCGCGAGCGCCGACCUGUCGAGCUUGGCGAGCGGCUCGGCGCAGCAGGUGUUCGGCUCGUCGACGGCGCCGACGCCAUCGGCGGCAGGAGCGAGGGCGUCGACGCAGGACCCGCGCCACCUCGCCGCUCUCGAGCUGAGCAAUCGGCGGCGAGGGGCCGUCGCGGCGGCGAGCGCGCGCAUGCCGUCGGCGUGGGCCGAGGACGAGCAGCACGAGGAGGAGGACGAGGUCGACGAUUGGUCGAGCGGCAGCGACGACGAGAGCGAGGGCGACGAUCCCGCGCCUGCGCGCUCCUCGAUGCACGAGGCGAGCAAGUACUGGGACGAGUCGGACUCGAGCGACGACGAGGGGCUCGAGCGCGUCGACCUCGGCGCCGUCACUCGCUCGCGCGACGACUCGCCCGACCUGCCGACCUCCUCGCCCUCGCCCGACAUGCGGCCCGACUCGCCGUACUGCGACGAGUACGAGGCGCCGACGCGACCGGGCACUGCCGCCGUGCCGUCCCCAAUCCUCCUUGCGCCGUCCCUCCUCGUCCUUCCCAACCUCGGCCCGCUCUUCCCGCUCUCGGCCGAGCGCAGUGCCCUCAACGCACGCUCGACCUCGCCCGUCAACGUCGACGGCGCAGGAGGAGGUCCGCCCUCGCCCGACGACGAGCCGUUCCUCUUUGCGCCUCGACCGCGCCGUCCGACCUUCUCCAACCUCGUUCCUGCCCCGCCCGCCCCAGCCGACACGUUCGACAUCGCCUCGUCGCCGUUCUCGUCGCCGCCCGACACGUCGAGCGCACCUGCACCCGCCGCCGAGACCGGCCUCGCGCAGCGCAUGCGGGACCGGCUCGCGUGCGUGUCCGACCCGCCGGUGCAGCUCGUCCCGCCGCUCAGCCUCGACUGGCCCGCCGACGGGGCCGAGUGGGACGGCGGUGACGGGUACGAGCUCGUGCUCGGGCUCGAGGUGGGCGAGGACGACGGCGGCGUCUGACCGCGUGAGCCCGUGCGUCGCCCCCUUUCGCCUCCUCCUCCUCCUCCG